AUGUGCGCCGGUGAACUUCCAGGAGAAAAUGUAUGUGCGGUUGUACAGCCGUACUGUGUGACUAGACGCUCACGUAAACCCAAUUAUUCUGAUCGCUUCAUGGCUGAGGGGAUAGACCUCUCAGGACUACGUUCUUCAGCUUUUCAAAUAUCAGGCGAGGAGAUGCGUCCCCUCCGAGCUGUACUAAUCGAGCAUGAAGCGUCAAUGUCCGACGGAAAGCCAGAUAGCAAUCCGUAA